CAGCCGCGCUGGGAGGAGUCUGCAAACUUUCAGCGCGAGGGCAUUGUGGGAAGCAGCCAUGGUCUAAGCCGGGCGUCUCACCUGUCAGCCGCACCGGCGUCUGCGCUCGCCUCUCGCCCUCGCUUCUCCAGCGCUCCUUGCUCGCAAGGCGGGGGCGGCCGCGGCCCAGCCACGAUGAUACAUUUCAUAUUGCUCUUCAGUCGACAAGGGAAAUUACGGCUACAGAAAUGGUACAUCACUCUCCCUGACAAAGAGAGGAAGAAGAUCACCCGGGAAAUUGUUCAGAUUAUCCUCUCCCGUGGUCACAGGACAAGCAGUUUUAUUGACUGGAAGGAGCUAAAACUUGUUUAUAAAAGGUAUGCUAGUUUAUAUUUUUGCUGUGCAAUAGAAAAUCAGGACAAUGAGCUCUUGACGCUAGAGAUUGUGCAUCGUUACGUGGAGCUGCUGGACAAAUAUUUUGGAAAUGUCUGCGAGCUGGAUAUUAUCUUUAAUUUUGAAAAGGCUUAUUUCAUCCUGGACGAGUUUAUAAUAGGUGGAGAAAUUCAGGAAACAUCCAAGAAAAUUGCUGUCAAAGCCAUUGAAGACUCUGAUAUGUUACAGGAGACAAUGGAAGAAUACAUGAACAAGCCUACAUUUUAACUGGAAAUCUACUUGAAGACUCCAGCAUUACAUGUUAUGAAGCUGUAAAUAAGCAACGCCUCCCAUCCGGUUUUUUGAUGGAGCCUCAGGCACCAUGCCAAAAAUAAUUUAAAGGGAUUCUUUGUUAACUAACAAAGUUAAAGUUGUUUAACAUAUUUAUAAUUACUAUGUGUCUGUAUUAUUAAAAAAAACAGAAAAAAAAACUAUGUGUCUGUAUUAUACUGUAUAGGGUACUUGUAGCUCUAAAUGUUUAAAGUAACUACCACCUAACCCAACAGACAAUAUUUGUAAUGUUUUAACUCCAUGUUAUAUUUUUAAGCUAGUUUAGGUAAAUUAGCUGCAAUUUUUUUUUUUUUUGCAUUUGAUCCUCUACUGACAGGUUGAAACAAUAUUGUAAUAAUCCAUGAUUUUGAAUGUAAAGUAUAUAUGAUGUCAUUAAUACUUUUUCUAAAUGUUUAGUUUUUUAAAUUGUAUAAUAAUUCAAAAUUAUGUUAAUAGUGCAGAGUUUAUAUGUAAUGCUAGACAUUUUUCAUACACUUAAUAGUACUUUUAACUGCAAUUCACAUACCAAGUGUCUGAUUUUAAUGUGCUGAAUUCAUUUAUUUUUUUCAGAAUUGGGAUUAAGAAAAUAACCAAAAAGUAUAGAACUUAAUAAGUGUUUUUGAUGCCUUAGAAGCUGCUAUCUUGACUGAGGUUUUAAUUUAUCUUUUAACUGAAUAUAAGGGACAUUCCAAUAAGGUUUUCUACAAACUAUAUAUUUAUUAAGGUUUAUAGAGACCUAGAGAUACAGCAUCUAUGACUUCCUUUAUUAUUCUAAAAUAGUAUGAUAAGAAUUAAUAACAAUAGCAAUAAUAAUUAUUGCUACUAUUUUUUAAAAUUCAUGUUCCAAGCACUCUUAGAUGCUGGAAAUUUCAUUUCAAAUAUGUUUUAAUGUAUCUCUAAUGCAUUUGAAGACUUAUUACAUGGCUCACUUAGAGCAUUUAAGAUUAUCACAGCCUAUAUGGUAGAUUCCUUUCCUCCUUUUUUCUUUUCUCACCCUUUCCUCCCCAGAGAAAAGAUUUGCUGCUGACCAUUAUUACUGUAAAUAUAUCACAUUUGUGCUUCCUGGAAUGAAAAUUCUGUAUAACCAGGUCCUAACAGCGAUCAGACAUAUUACAGGGAAAUAGCUUGUAGGCCAGUUGUGGUGGCUCACACCUGUAAUCCCAGCACUUUGGGAGGCCGAGGCAGGUGGAUCACUUGAGGUCAGGAGUUUGAGAGCAGCCUGGCCAAUAUGAUGAAACCCCAUCUCUACUAAAAAUACAAAAAUAAGGCCAGGCACGGUGGCUCACGCCUGUAAUCCCAGCACUUUGGGAGGCAGAGGUGGGUGGAUCACAAGGUCAAGAGAUCCAGACCAUCCUGGCCAACAGGGUGAAACCCCGUCUCUACUAAAAAUACAAAAAUUAGCCGGGUGUGGUGGUGUGUGCCUGUAGUCCCAGCUACUUGGGAGGCUGAGGCAGGAGAAUCACUUGAACCUGGGAGGCAGAAGUUGCAGUGAGCCGAGAUUGUGCCACUGCACUCCAGCCUGGGCGACAGAGCGAGACUUCAUCUCAAACAAACAAAAAAAUUAGCUUGGCGUGGUGUCAGGUGCCUGUAAUCCCAGCUACUCAGGGGGCUGAGGCAGGGGAAUGGCUUGAACCCAGGAGGCAGAGGUUGCAGUGAGCCAAGAUCACAUCAGUGCACUCCAGGCGGGCGACAGAGCAAGACUCCAUCUCAAGAGAAAAAAGAAAAAGUAAAAGCUUGUAUUCUGUCUUGCUGCCUGCUAUUUGAUGUUUUACCUGUGCAUUUUCAAUGUUAGCUUUGAAGUCUGGUAUCAUUCAUAUUGGAGUGGUUUGGGACCUCCAGUGAUUUCCUAGAAGAGUGUGUUUCCUGUUGGAUUCUUUAGGAGAUCCCAUCCGGUAGAUUUUUAGAGAACCCGAUGGAAAAAUGUUCUCUUUAGUUCAUCUCAGCAGACAUAUUUAGGGAAAACAGCAAAGCAAGCAGGAGAACAAAGGGAAAAAUUCAUCAGUUCCUCAAUAUAACCAUUAUUCAAAGGAAAUAACUCAGAUUAGCAUAUAAAAUAAUCAUUAGGCUUUUACUAUCCAAUAUUUCUUCAAGCUACCAUGUAAUUACAAUUAUGGCAUCAGCUUGAAGUUUAUCAUGUACGAUUGAUAACUGUGUUUACUUUAGCUAACCUUCAGUUUUGUGGUUUAACUUUUUAAUGUGGUAGAAUUCUUUAUUUUUCUUUUCUUUUCUUUCUUUCUAUUUUUUUUUUUUUUUUUUUAGACAGAGUUUUGCUUCUUGUCACCCAGGCCAGAAUGCAAUGGUGUGAUCUCAGGUCACUGCAGCGUCCAUCUCCUGGGUUCAAAUGAUUCUCCUGCCUCAGCCUCCCGAGUAGCUGGGAUUACAGGCAUGCGCCACCACGCCUGGCUAAUUUUGUAUUUUUAGUAGAGUUGGGAUUUCUCCAUGUUGGUCAGGCUGGUCUUGAACCCCGACCUUAGGUGAUUUGCCUGCCUUGGCCUUCCAAAGUGCUGGGAUUACAGGCAUAAGCCACUGCACCCGGCUGAAUUCUUUAUUUUUUCAAUACAAUUUUGUAAAGAUGGACCUCAUGUAAAUCCAUAAGAGCUUUUCCAGUUCUUUUGAAAUUUGUCACCAUAUUUGGAUAAAGGUAUCUCUUGAACCUCAUUCAACUAUACUACACAUGUUCUGGAUAAUUCCAUAUUAGACACUCUAGUUAUGGACAGGGCUUCUCAGACUUCAAUCAAUGUGACACAUAGAAAGUAAAUAUAUCUCGUCCGGGUGAGGUGGCUCACGCCUGUAAUCCCAGCACUUUGGGAGGUCAAGGCGGCAGAUCACCUGAGGUCAGGAGUUCGAGACCAGCCUGGCCAAUAUGGUGAAACCCUGUCUCUACUAAAAAUUCAAAAAUUAGCCAAGUGUGGUGGCGCCUACUUGUAGUGCCAGCUACUCAGGAGGCUGAGGCAGGAGAAUCGCUUGAACCUGGGAGGCAGAGGUUGCAGUGAGCUGAGAUUGCGCCACUGCACUGAAGCCCGGGUGACAGAGUGAGACUCUGUCUCAAAAAAAAAAAAAAAAGAACGAAAGAAAGUAAACAUAUCUAUAUGGCACAGUGGGGUAAAUAUGAGGUAUUUUAGGGACAUCUUACAUGGGUCUAGGCUAAAAUAGUCAUUGUGUUUUCUUUAUAUUAUAUAAUUACCAUCAAACUACCAAGGGAAAGGAAAGAUAAUAAAUGUUAAAUUUCUAUAAAACUUUCAAAAUAAAAUGUUUUAACGUUUUUUAA